AUGACAUCACUUACACCAAAACCAUCUCAAAUUGAAUCUUGGGAUCGUUUACCUUCCGACUGGCAAAAUGAUGAACGUAUGGAUGCAUUAUUUUCUUUUUUUAAAGAUCGUGAUUUAAAUGCUGUUCAUUAUGAUGCUAAAAUGAAAUUUUGGAGUGAAACAAUAAUUGAUUACUGUGAAGAUCAUGGUCUUUUACAAAUUGAUAUACCAACAAUUGUUUCACGUUUUCGUCGUAAAGGAAGAACACCAAAAUGUCUUGAUAAAAUAUUUGAGGAAUUAACUAAACAAAAUCGUCUUAUAUCAACAAAUGAUUAUGCUAAUUCUCAACAAUCAUGGUCAUCAUGGACAUUUAAUAAACUAGCAAGUCCAUUAACUGGUUGGAUGUCUCCUAGAACACCAAUUGAUCAAGAAGUUUUUAUUAUUAAAGAACUUGUUGAUAAAAAAGCUCAACAAGUUAUUGACACAUUACAAUCUCAUGUUUAUGUUCCAACAUUUGAUUGUGUUGUUUCAUUUUCAACAUUUAUUGAUACAUGCCGUCGAUGUACAUUAAUCGAUGAAAAUUCGAUCAAUUUAAUUAUAUCAACAUUAACAAAAGAUAAGAAAAUUUUAAUAGAUCAUAUUGGAGAUGCUAAAGAUGUUAAAGUUGUUAAAUUUAUUAUGCCUGGAACAUCGAUCGUUCGACCAUUAACUGAAAUUGAAACUAGUGUUCUUUUAUUACGUCAUUCAAAACAACGUUUAGAAGAACAAUUAAAGAAAACAGAUCAACAAAUCGAAGGAUUACUUGCAGAUAUUUAUCGUCAUUUAAAAAAUAGCAAUCGUACAGCAGCGAAGAAAUUAUUACGUAAAAAGAAAUUACUUGAACUUGAACAUGAUAAAAAAGAAAAUAUGAUUGAACAUCUUAAUGGUGUUCUAACACAAAUUGAACAAACAGAUUGUUCAUCAUUGAUUAUUAAUGCUUAUUCAUCAGGUGUUCAAGCUCAUAAAGAAUUAUUACGUAAAAAUGGUCUUACACCUGAUGCAGUUGAAGAUAUGAUCGAUGAAGUACAUGAAAUGCUCGAUACACAAAAUGAAAUCGAUGAAGCACUUCGUCGACCAGUUACAAAUGAUACAACUGAUAUGACAGAAUUAGAAGAUGAACUUGAAGAAUUAUUAAAACAACCAAUACCACCAACACCAGCAACUAGUCUACCAAUUAAUGUCGAUAUAAUUAAUACACCGAUUGCUGAUGAUGUUAUUAAAGUACCGGAAACAGAUCCAUUUGCUGAUCUUGAAUUACGUCUUCAAAAAUUAGGUGUACAAGAACCAGAACAUGUUUGGCUUGUUAAAUUUCCACAUAAAGAUAAUUAUUUAUUAUAUAUUCAAAAAUCGUUUCCAUUAAUUGAUCUUCUUCAACAUGAUUAUGAUCGAUCAACAUAUGUUUUUCUUAUACCAAAUAAUUAUCUAUCAGAUUUUACUCAUUUUAUACAUCGAUUACAUGGUUCCUAUCGAAUUAUUACAAAUAAUCCAGAAAAAACAUGGAAAAAAUCUCAAAGAAGAUCAAAACGAUGGGUUCCAUCAGAUAAUCCAUUAGAUCAAACUUAUUAUCAACAUUUUCUCUCAUAUGAUGAACAACAAGAUUGGUAUAAUUUACUUAAAACAUCUUUAUUAACAAAGAAAUUUAUUCGUUCAUAUACAAUUGGUCAUACAUAUGAAAAUCGUACGCUUACUAUUAUAAAAAUUCUUGGUCAUAGUCAUCGUCGACAUCAACAACGUAAAUAUGCUAUAUAUAUUGAUGGAGGUAUGCAUGCACGAGAAUGGUUAUCAAUUGGUGUAGCAAAUUAUAUUCUUAUACAAUUUCUUAAAUUAAGAAAAACAAAUGUUAAAGUUCGAGAAAUUUUAUAUAAUUUUGAUAUAUAUAUGUUACCAUUGAUGAAUCCAGAUGGUUAUGAAUUUUCAAGACAUGAUAAUCGUCUUUGGAGAAAAAAUCGUUCACCAACACCUCAUUCAGAUUAUUGGAAUGGUGAUCAGUCUUGUUAUGGAAUAGAUCUUAAUCGGAAUUUUCCCUAUGAAUGGAAUAAUACGAUUGGCGCGUCAGAUCAUGCAUGUUCACAUUCAUAUCGUGGACCAAGUCCAGCAUCAGAAAAUGAAGUCAUAAGUGUUGUCAAUUUUCUUCGACAACAACAACUUUCUAAUCAAAAAUUUUAUGCGUAUUUUAAUUUACAUGCUUAUGGAAGAUUUUGGUUACUACCAUGGACAUAUUCAUUAUCGAAAAAAGUAUCGAAUUAUGAUGAAUUAUUUAAUAGAAGUAGUAAAGUUGUGUCAAGUGUAAUGAAGAAAACAUAUAGAGUGGGACAAGCAUCACGUUUACUAUAUCCAUGUACUGGAACUAGUAUUGAUUUUGCUGCUACAUUAAUGCCGCAUGCAAUGACUUUUGAAUUAUCACCAAUGUUCAAAGGUUUACCAAUGUGUUUUGAUCAAAAUAAGACACUUGACGAUACAUGUACCGUCGGAUUUUUGACUGAUCCAAAAGAAAUUGAAAUAGAUGGAACUGAAAUAUUUAAUGCUAUUGUUGAAUAUAUGUAUUCUAUUAUACGAGAUCGUUGUCUUUAA